AUGGGAUUAUAUUCACAUAAUAGUAUUUCUAAUAAAUAUAUUGUAGGUGGAAUGGUAGUUUCUAGUAAAGAUAAAGUUCCAUAUUUGUUUUUAGCUAAUUCAUAUAAAAUUUCAUAUUGGAAGACAGAUAUAGAGAAUUAUAAUGGAGACUUUUCUAUUACUAAUAAAUCAUUUAUGGUAGAGAGGAAUCUUGGAAUAGAUAUUAAAGGUACAUUACAUUUACCAAGAAAAUCUGCAUUCUUAUUAGGAAAAUAUGAAGAUAUUAUUUUUGAACAAAGUACUACUGAAUAUUCAUUAGGAAGUGAUAAUGUAUCAUUUGUAUUUGUAAGUGAUGAGACUACUACUACUACUAGUAAAAGAGAAAAUGAUAAGAAUACUCCUAAUCAAGGGAUGAGUAGAAGAAGAAAAUUAUUUAAAAAAGAGUUAAUUAAUUAA